AUGCAAAGAUUUGCGGUAGACACGAGACGUCCUAUCGGACACGGUUCGUUCGGGCAAGUAUUUCAAGGUAUACAAAGGAAAAACAACCAACUUGUCGCGGUCAAGCAAGUCAAAUUCAAUAUGUUUGCCGAGGGAAUUCCUGGAUUGGGGUUGCGGGAGAUUAGUAAUUUAGGAAUCGUUACGCAUAAGCACAUUGCAAAGUACUCUCACUUGAUUGAGCGAUCGGAUACAAGUACUGAUUUCAAGGAUGGCAGACUUAUCUAUGCUGACGUCUCACCCAAGGGGAGUGUAUAUAUCGUUAUGGAGUACGUAGAUAUGGAUUUACAUCGAUACAUCAAGGUUGUCAAAAAUAAUAACGAUGGUGCCGCAUUACCAGAACCGCUUAUCCAGCGCCUUGGUCGGCACCUCUUCAAAGGGCUCGCACACCUGCACAUGCGUCGUAUAAUCCACCGUGACAUAAAACCAGGCAACAUUCUGAUCGACUCGAACCAAUGCUUGAAGAUUGCGGAUUUUGGGUUGAGUAGAAUUCAUUCUGUGCCAUGUGUGCCCAUGUCGUUCGAGGCGACGACUCUCGCAUACCGUGCUCCUGACAUUAUUCUUGGAGAACGUGUAUAUACGGCUGCCUUUGAUAUGUGGAGUGCGGGGUGUGUGGUCGCGGAAAUGGCCCGUGCGGGAGAUACACUAUUUAGGUGUCGCUCGUUGAAUCUUGACCAGCAGCUGGAAGAGAUCUUCAAAAACUUGGGUACACCCGACGAAGAGAUUUGGCCGGGAGUUAGCAAGCUGCCUGGAUGGAAGGAGUUUGAGCAUUGGGAACCUAAGAAAGCGGCAGACCUAUUUCCGGGAUUGUCAGUCAACGGGAUGGAUUUGAUACUGGCAUGA